AUGUUAGGCUGUAGCACGGUAUGCCCCAACUGCACGCACGAGUUCCAGUGCUGCCCUCAGCCGCCGGCAUGCUGCCCCGCGCGACGGACGCAGCUGUCGCUCGGCAGCGGGGGCGGUCUAGUGGCCGCCCCCAGUCCGCAGGUGUCGCCCAGCAUGCCGCUCGCCUUCAUCCUGCCGCCGUUCGCGCCGCCGCUGCACGCGUUGCCGUCGCCCGGCGAGGCGCGGCCCGACACCGAGCUGGAAAGGCUGUCGGACACCGUUCGGGCUCUGCGCCAAUCAGGCUGGUACUAUGAGGGUAUCAGCUACCAGCAGAGCGACGAUCUGCUCAAAGGCACCACCGUGGGCACGUUCCUGGUGCGCAACUCCUCCGAUCCGAAGUUCCUGUUCUCGUUGAGCGUGCAAACGGAAAGAGGCCCCACCUCCGUGCGCCUCUUCUACUUCAACGGCUACUUCCGGUUGGACGCGCAGCCGCACCUGCAAACAGCGAUGCCGAUGUUCCCGAGCGUGGUGAGCCUCGUCGAGCACUACAUCGAACAGAGCAGGCUGUGCAAGAGCAACGCGCAGGUGUGGGUGGACCAGCAGGGCAAGUGGUACUCCUCCAUUUUGCUGGACAAACCGUUGAGGAGGAAGUCGGAGCCGGCCGGCCUGAAGCACCUGGCCAGGCUGGCCGUGCACAGGGGUUUGAAGCGGUCCGGCCAGCCGAGGCUGGCGAUGUUGCCGCCUCCGCACACCCAACUGGAUCUGCCCAAAUCGCUCGCCGCCUAUCUGUCGGAGUAUCCCUUUUCCCUUUGA